ACCGGAAUGAUUCGCAUUCCUAUUGUAGCUCCAAAACCGAAUCACGGCAUACCUAAACCGAAUUAGAGUUACCUCUUCACACACCCAAACAGAAAGUUAUCUUUUAAAUGUGAUAGGAGAGCCCAAACCUGGUGUGAGCUGUUCCGACGCUCCCGUACCGACGCUUCUCGGAUCCGAAGAUCAGACGCGGCACCACUUGCACCACCGACUUCGUCCCCCUUGGCUUCCCACGGUAACACAGUUCCUUUGCUGCACCUUUAUUCCCAGUACACCGCACGCUGCACCACCGUGCACUGUUUCACCUCGCACAGCGCAGAUACCAGUUGAGAGAAACCCACAUUUCCUAUCGGACCGAAAGCAGGAAAAUUAAAGCAAAGUGAAGAGUAAGAGGGAGAGUUGAUCACUUCCGGCAAGGGGCGGGGGAACAGGCCUCCGUAUAUCGCUUCAAAAAAAUAGUGUUUGUGCUUCGUGAUUUUGCCAUACGGCAUCUACACCCUUUUGCACAAGGGCUUUCAGCAUAUUUUAGAAGAAGAAGAAGAUGGAACAGGAAGUGGUGGAGGCAGAGAUUGUGUUGCCAACCCACCUCAGUUUCAAACGGAUUCAAAUGUAUGAGAAGUACCCAAAAAGCCAAUCCAGAAGCAGGCACUGGAAACAUCUCAAGCAGAUCCUUCAGGCUGAGAAUUACCAGAAUUACCCUCCUGAUGAACCCACAUAUGUUAAUAUCGAGUCACCUCCUUCUAUGCAUCCAUGCAAGAGAAUCUGUGAUGUGACCGGAUAUGAGGCGCCUUACUAUGAUCCCAGGACCAAUCUCCGAUAUGCAAAUGCUGAAGUUUUCAAGCUCAUAAGAUCCCUUCCUAAUGAUUACGUGCAAAGGUAUCUGGCUCUGAGAAACGCAGCUGUGGUUCUGAAGUGACAUUGGAGUUUUCGAGGAGACAGACAGACAGCAGGAUCUUUUUCCUUUCAGAAUAUGUUACUGUUGGGAAAUACAGGAUAAUUUUUUUUUUUUUUUGAAAAAGAAGAAUAUCAAUUCAUAUUCAUCUUAAAGCAUCAAAGCUUGGAUACAAGGAGGAAUACCCUCCAAUACAAUGCUCUCCUAAGAGAGUUUAAGUGCAUCAUUAGCUAAUAAAUGAGCAACAUUAUUACAAUUC